CCUACAAUCAAAAGGCUAUACAAACACAUUCCCAAGCGAGUGCUCUAAACUCCCUCCUCUCUCUCUCUCUCUCUCUCUCUCUCUCUCAUUCCUCCAUUGCACUCUUCAUGCUUGCUGUUAUUCAUCUGAGAAACCUUCUUCUUUGAGAGUCAUCCAAUGCCAUCACCAUUAGAGCAUGACUACAUAGGCUUCUCCUCUUCUUCCUCAAAUUUUGAGGAAGAGGUGGAGGUUGAAGACCUCAAGGGGACUGAGCUUCGUCUUGGCUUGCCUGGCUCUGAGUCCCCUGAGAGGAAGCCUGUUGUGGGUUUGAGCCUUGGGUUGCCUAAGAGCUCUGUUUCUGGGUUGAAGAGAGGAUUUGCUGACACUGUUGAUGGUUCUGGGGGUUGGAUUUUCUCUGGUGGAAGUGGAGGUGGAAUGGAGAAUGGAAAAGGUGGCCCCUUGGUUUCACAGAAAGAAGAGAAUGGUGGAGGAACUUCAGGGCAGGAUAGCAAGGGACAUGUUUUAUCUGCAAAAGCACAAGUUGUUGGUUGGCCACCAAUUCGGAGUUACCGGAAGAGUAUGAUGCCAACAAAUUUAGAUAAGAACAAAGAUGGUAUUGAAGACAAGCAAAGCUUUGGUUGUGUGUUUGUCAAGGUUAGCAUGGAUGGAGCUCCUUAUCUUAGGAAAGUUGACCUUAAAACAUAUGACAAUUAUAAGGAGCUCUCAUCCGCACUGGAAAAAAUGUUCAGCUGCUUUACUAUCGGUCAGUGCACUUCACAAGGAGUUCAGGGCAAAGAUGGAUUAAGUCAAAGUUGUUUGGCUGAUUUACUUCAUGGUUCUGAAUAUGUUCUCACUUAUGAAGAUAAGGACAGAGACUGGAUGCUUGUUGGUGAUGUUCCAUGGGAUAUGUUCACCAACUCCUGCAGGAGGCUGAGGAUCAUGAAGGGUUCUGACGCAAUCGGACUAGAUCUUUAUAAUGGUAUAUAUCUGCCUGCAGCUCCACGCGUCAAGGAGAAAAGCAAGAAUCGCAAUGAUUUAGCCAACCAAAUGCAGAAGCCAGUGUGACCUCCCCGUGUGUCGCUUCUUGAGAUCAAAUGUAUUUUAUUUUGAAUACCUUACAUAUGUUUCUGGCUUGCUCUUUUGCAUAAACCAACACUUGAUAAGAUCUCUUGAAGCUUGUUUGCUAGGUGAUGUAUGUGUAUAGGUAUGACUUUGUCUGCAUUGUGAUUGUGAGUAUUGUGGGAAAUGAAAGAUACACUUCGCUAUUUGUAAUGCAAUAUAGUUUGGGAAUUGUAUCUUGUUCUAAAUAA